CUCGUCUUCAUUCACUUGCAGGCCAUUUUCUGUGCAUUUUCCUCUUCUUGCCAAGAAAAAACGAAACAUGCCACCCAAGAAGGCCCCUCAACAAGAGAAGAAGACGCUCUUGGGCAGGCCCGGAAAUAACCUGAAGAUCGGAAUCGUAGGGUUGCCCAAUGUCGGCAAGUCCUCGUUCUUCAACACGCUCUCCAAGACAGACUUAGGAAAGGCUGCAAACUAUCCGUACGCAACUAUCAACCCUGAGGAAGCUCGCAUCCCGGUUCCUGACGAGCGUUUUGAGUGGUUGUGCAAUCUCUACAAGCCUGCUUCUCGCGUACCGGCCGCCUUAACGGUCAUAGAUAUUGCUGGCCUCACUGCUGGUGCAUCCACUGGUGCCGGUCUCGGUAACGCGUUCUUGUCGCAUGUACGCUCCGUCGAUGGCAUCUUUCAAAUGGUCCGCGCAUUCGACGACGCCGAAGUCAUUCACGUAGAGGGCGACGUCGAUCCCCUCCGUGACAUGGAGAUCAUUCAGACCGAACUCCGUCUUAAGGAUAUUGAAUGGGUGGAGAAGCACCUUGAAGGCUUGAAGCGCGGCGGGCGUGCUCUCGGCAGUACCAGUUUAGCGGACAAGGCGAGAAAGGAAGAAAUCGCCACCGUUGAGAAGAUCUACAAGUGCCUGACUGAGGACCACAAGGAUGUUCGCAAGGGCGAGUGGAACAAUAAAGAGAUUGAUGUCGUCAAUGGUCUCCAGCUGCUUACCGCUAAACCUGUAAUAUACCUUGUCAACCUGAGCGAGAAGGAUUACAUCCGAAAAAAGAACAAAUGGUUGCCGAAGAUCAAGGCAUGGGUUGACGAGAACAACUCUGGCGAUCUUAUCAUCCCUUUCUCCGUCGCCCUUGAAGAACGCCUCGUCCAAAUGUCUGAUGAAGAGCGUGUCGAGGAGGAGAAGAACAUUGGCGCAACUGGCGCGCUGCCAAAGAUCACCAAAGCUGGUUAUUCUGGUCUUGACCUAAUCCAUUACUUCACCUGUGGUCCCGAUGAGGUCCGUGCAUGGACAAUCCGCAGGGCUAUAAAAGCCCCGCAGGCUGCCGGUGUCAUUCACACUGACUUCGAGAACAAGUUUGUGUGUGGUGAGAUUAUGUCCUAUGAAGACCUCCAUGAGCUCGGCAGCGAAUCGGCAGUUAAGGCAGCUGGCAAGCUCAGGCAGCAGGGCAAGCCCUACGAGAUGGUCGACGGUGACAUCGCGUACUGGAAAGCAGGUGCAUAAGCUACUGUACGUCUUAGUUGACCAAUAUUAUUCGUGUGUCAGUGUGUUACAGUACUCCAUAAUGUCUGCUCACUGCGCAACUGCGAGUCGAAUCAGGUGAUGGAAUGAUACAGCAACAUGAGACCCCUCUGCUGUUCUACGCGCCGCACCCCUCAGCGGGCCGAAUUCAGACGCUGCGGGAGGUCGCUGAGCGCAACAACAUGUCGCCAUUUUAUACGAUCCACGGUAAGCCUCAAAUAUUUUCGGAGGACCGGAAGACCGCCGCCCAUUAGCUUGAAGAGAC